AUGGCGGAAACUCGCCAACCAAACACUCCCUAUCUCUUACUCGUCUCUGCCUUCUUCACUCUAACCGUCGCUACACGAACCACCGGCUCGGUUAACUGCCAAACCGGCUCUCUCCGUUACCCGUUCGGUUUCACCGACGGUUAUCCGAUCCGGUUCAACUGCUCCAAGAAGACCGGUUACGCGGAAAUCGGAGAAUUCGCUGUACUGGAAGUGACGAGCGCAAGCAUCUACGUCAAGAUCCCGGCGGUGUGCAAACGCGAGAUCGGCAAAAUCGGACAGCUCUUCCGGGAGAGUUUCUCGCCUUCCAACUCCCAGAACUUACUUCUCGUCCAGGGAUGCAAGGAAAACUCUUCUAACUGCUCGAUCAGCCGUAGAUUCGUCGAAGAUCGGCUGAAUCUCAGUAGAUGCAAGUCUCCGGUGAGAUGUCUCGACGGAGUGACGACAGAGUCCGAUGUGAUGAGUAUCGGAGACGUCGUUAACAGAAGCGGAUGCAAGUAUUGGUUCUCUUCGAUCACGCAUCAGUCGAGGAACACGAAAUCGGGAGUUUCGAUCGAUGUGGGCCGACUUAGACUCGAUUGGUGGAUUAAGGAACGUUGCAGUAACAUGACUUGCUCGCUCAACGCCAGCUGUACGAAUGUCACGCUCGCCGACGGUGGUUUUGGUCAUCGCUGCACUUGUCUCGAUGGAUUUACCGGCAACGCCUUCACCGUGCACGGUGGUUGCCGACCAGUUGGCAAAGGCAAAGGACUACACAAACUCAUUGUUCUUGGUUCUGGGAUUUUGGUUGGAGUUACACUAAUUGUGAUAUUGAUAUGUGCUUACAUAUACCGUCACAAGCGUUCUGCGUCUUACGUAAGAAAAUCAAUCGCGAAUCGCUUGCUCAGUGAGCUCGCCGGAAACUCAACCGUUCCCUUCUACACGUACAAAGAGAUAGAGAAAGCCACCGAUAGUUUCUCCGAUAAAAACAAGCUUGGAACCGGAGCAUACGGGACAGUUUACGCCGGCGAAUUCCCAAACAGCUCAUGGGUCGCUGUAAAACGUCUAAGACGCAAAGACAACACAAGCAUCGACCAAGUCGUGAAUGAGAUCAAGCUUCUUUCCUCAGUGAGCCACCCAAACCUCCUUCGUCUCUUAGGCUGUUGCAUCUCCCAAGGAGAGCCGUUUCUAGUCUACGAGUUCAUGCCAAACGGAACGCUUUCUCAGCAUUUGCAACACGAAAGAGGCCACAAACCGCUUUCUUGGCCGCUACGUCUCUCCAUCGCUUCUCAAACCGCAAACGCGAUCGCACAUCUUCACGACUCUUCAGUAAACACUCCUAUCUACCACCGAGACAUCAAAUCAAGCAACAUACUUCUUGACUACGAAUUCAACUCCAAGAUCUCUGAUUUCGGACUCUCUAGGCUCGGCAUGUCCACCGACCUGGACGGCUCUCAUAUCUCCACGGCUCCACAAGGCACUCCUGGUUAUUUAGACCCUCAGUACCACCAAGACUUCCAGCUCUCGGACAAGAGCGAUGUUUAUAGCUUUGGUGUUGUUCUCGUUGAGAUCAUCUCGGGGUUUAAAGUCAUAGACUUUGCUCGUCCUUACAAUGAAGUGAACCUAGCCGCUCUUGCCGUUGACAGGAUCGGAAGAGGGCGUGUGGUAGAUAUCAUCGAUCCAUGCUUGAAAGCUGAGAAUGAUCCGAAAAUGUUUGCUUCUAUCCACAACUUAGCCGAAUUGGCGUUUCGCUGCUUAUCCUUUCAUCGAAACAUGAGGCCUACAAUGGUAGAAGUUACAGAAGAUCUCCAACGGAUCAAGCUUAUGUACGAUGGUGCAGAGACAGGAAACUCCAAGAACCGAUCCGAAAUCCAUAUGAACAGAUUAAGCAGCCAAAAAUCAUCCUCGAGAAUACAAUUGUCGCUCCAAGAGAUUAGGUGA